AUGGCUGGAUCCGAAGAGAACAACCCGGGGGUGAUCGGACCCGGAAAUAUUCAUGGGGGUUUACGUGGCGGAGUAGGGAAGUUUCCGGCGGCGUCCGGAACUAAUCGCCGGGCGUUGAGCAACAUUAAUCGGAACAUCAUCAGAGGUCCACCGUACCCCUGUGCUGUCAACAAAAGAGGGUUAUCAGAGAAGUUUGCGGCCCAGCUUGCUAACAAACUUGAGCAACAACCUAAACCAGGGGAAAUUAAGAAACCAGUUCGCUCGGUUCCAAUUUUUAGCGAGUCAGAAGAUUGUAAAAUCAUAGAUGUGGAAGACUACAAGACUAGUAAUGACUUUUCUGCACCGAUGUUUGUGCAACAUACAGAGGCAAUGCUGGAGGAGAUCGACCGGAUGGAUGAAGUUGAAAUGGAAGAUGUUGAAGAAGAGCCGAUCAUGGACAUAGACAGCUGUGACAAGAAGAAUCCACUUGCUGUAGCUGAAUACAUUGAUGAUUUAUACAAUUUCUACAAGAAAGCAGAGAGAUCUGGCUGUGUCCCACAAAGCUACAUGGCACAGCAAUUUGACAUUAACGAGAAAAUGAGAGGCAUUCUCAUUGAUUGGUUGAUUGAGGUGCACUACAAGUUUGAAUUGAUGGAGGAGACCUUAUACCUCACCGUAAAUCUCAUCGAUAGAUUUCUAGCCGUGCACCCGGUAGUGAGAAAGAAACUCCAGCUCGUAGGAGUGACAGCCUUGCUGCUUGCAUGCAAAUAUGAAGAAGUAUCAGUUCCAAUUGUGGAGGAUCUCAUUCUGAUUUCAGAUAAAGCAUACAGCAGAAAGGAAGUGCUUGACAUGGAGAAGAACAUGGUCAACACUUUACAGUUUAAUCUAUCUGUUCCCACUCCUUAUGUUUUUAUGAGGAGAUUCCUAAAAGCUUCACAAUGUGACAAGAAGAUUGAACUUCUUGCAUUCUUUAUAAUCGAGCUUUGCCUCGUCGAAUACGGCAUGCUAAAGUUUCCACCCUCAUUGUUAGCUGCUGCUGCCAUAUAUACCGCUCAAUGCACCCUUAGUGGAACAAGGCAAUGGAGCAAGACUAAUGAGUGGUACACUAGCUACUCAGAAGAGCAACUCAUGGAAUGCUCAAAGCUUAUGGUUAAUUUUCAUAGGAAUGCUGGAACAGGGAAGCUAACAGGUGUACACAGGAAUAAGGAAGAGAUGAUGGAAGAGAAAGAGAAGAAGUUUCUCACAGUAGCACCAUUCCAGUGUGCUUGGAGACAAGAUUUGAAAUUUAGGGAAGCAGGAAGAGGUUGUGUGGCUUUUGAUGCUUUUGCUCACAAUGAUGUUACAGUGGUGUUCAGGGAGAAUGUAGGGAGUCAACACUACCAUUAUAAGAGGGAUAAUAGUCCUCAUUAUACUGUGAUUCUUGGGAGUCAUAGGAAUCGUCGACUGAAAAUCGAGGUCGAUGGGAAAACAGUCGUUGAUGAGGAAGGUGUUGCCCUUUGCUGCUCAUCUACGUUUCAAAGUUAUUGGAUCAGCAUUUAUGAUGGGUUGAUUAGUGUUGGUGAAGGGAGAUACCCUUUUCAGAAUCUGGUGUUUCGGUGGUUAGAUUCGAAUCCAAAUUGUAGUGUUCGGUAUGUUGGUCUUAGCAGUUGGGAUAAACAUGUCGGUUAUAGAAAUGUCAACGUGUUGCCAUUACCAAAGAAUCAUAUGUUGCUGUGGAAGCAAGUUGGCUCUGGAGGAUACGAGGUGAAAGAUGAUGGAGAAGAGGAGCUAGAAGGUGAACAAAUGAGCUAUGAGAAAUGGGGCCUUGAAAAUUUUCUUGAGAGUUGGGAAUUAUCUGAUGUAUUGUUCGUUGUUGGCAAGGAAGAAAUUCUUGUCCCAGCUCAUAAGGUUAUCUUACAAGCAUCUGGUAAUUUUCCUUUGAGCUUGUCAAAUGAAGAUAUUAUUCAGCUGCAGGAUGUAACGUAUCCAAUCCUUCAUGCACUUCUUCGAUAUAUAUACACUGGCCAGACUCAGAUUUCAGAGUCGCAACUUGGUCCUUUAUGGGCUUUGAGCUUACAAUUUGAAGUGCUGUCACUGGUAAAGCAGUGUGAGGAAACUGUUGAGAGAUUUAAACUGAAUAAAAAGUUGUUUGACUCUGGUAAGAAUGUGGAAUUAUCACAUCCAAGCUCCCAGCUCCAUAGUUGUGUGGGCUUUCCUUCUCAACUACCUAUAAAUGUGCAAAAGCUCAAACAGUUGCAGUUGACCGCAGACUAUAGUGACAUAAACAUUUACAUUGAGGGUCAUGGUCUCGUUGCUCAACCUCACAAAGUCAUUCUAAGUUUAUGGAGUGUUCCAUUUUCAAAGAUGUUUACAAAUGGAAUGAGUGAGAGUAGCUCUUCAGAGAUUUUCUUAAGUGAUGUGUCACCUAUAGCCUUCAAGGUUAUGCUUGAGUUCAUGUAUAGCGGAAAGCUCAGUUUGGAAGAUUCCAUGGAAUUUGGAACCUUGCUACUCCUUGUUCUUUUGCUAGCUGAUCAAUUUGGGGUCACUCUCCUUUACCAAGAAUGCUGCAAAACACUUUUAGAGUGCCUCUCGGAGGACUCUGUAUGUCCAAUCCUUCAAGCGGUGUCAUCAAUUCCAUCAUGUGAACUCAUCGAAGAAACAUGCGAGAGGAAAUUCGCUAUGCACUUCGAUUAUUGUACCACUGCAAGCCUUGACUUUGUCUUAUUAGAUAAGACAAAUUUUAGCAAUAUCAUUCAGCAUCAAGAUCUAACCGUAACAUCCGAAGAAAGAGUCCUCAAUGCAAUUUUCAUGUGGUUUAUGAGAGCUAAAGAAUUGUGUGGAUGGGAGGUGGUGGCUGAGCUACUUGCACUUUCAACUCCGGACCUCCUUUUCAAGGACAGGCUUCAAUCCCUGAAUGACUUGUUACCAUUUGUGCGAUUUCCAUUGAUGCCAUAUGACCUGCUUAAGAAGCUGGGGGAGAGCAACCUAGGCAGGUGUAUCCCCAUCUUUUAUGAUCUUGUGAGAGAGGGCAUCCAUUAUGUAGAAUUUGGAUCCCUAAGGCCAGGGAAUGACCAAAACCCAAGGUUUCAACAUAGGCGAUCUAGCUAUAAGGAGCUCCAGUACAUAUGUGAUGGUGACAGCAAUGGAGUACUCUACUUUGCUGGUACAUCUUAUGGGAAACAUCAGUGGAUUAAUCCUGUUUUAACGAAGAGAAUCACGAUCACUGCCAGCAGCCCCCCUUCAAGAUAUACUGACCCUAGGACUUUGGUGUCACGAACUUAUCAGGGAACAUGUUUUGCUGGGCCUCGUAUGGAAGAUGGACACAUUCGUGCAUGGUGGAUGGUUGAUAUUGGUGAAGAUCAUCAGCUUAUGUGCAACUACUACACUUUGAGACAAGAUGGGUCAAGAGCCUUCAUGAGAUUUUGGAUUUUGCAGGGUUCCCUGGAUGGGAGGACCUGGACAAACUUGAGAGUGCACGAGAAUGACCAAACAAUUUGCAAGGCUGGUCAGUUUGCAUCUUGGCCGGUAACUGGGCCACAUGCCCUGCUCCCAUUCAGAUUCUUCAGGGUUGUUCUAACAGGUCCCACGACAGAUGCCUCAAACCCCCACGACCUGUUCAGAACUGAGGUGAAUAUGGCCAUGCACGAGAAUGGCGACUGGCGAUAUUUGGUUUCCCUUUCCAGCUGCUGUAUGUACAAGAACCCUGCACGUUUCCACAGAGGAGAGAUCCGAGCCCUGGUAUCUGCUUCUAAUGCUUAG